AUGUCCUUCAUCCAGGUGCCCUCAGACUGCGACUUCUCGGUCCACAACCUUCCCUAUGGCGUCUUCUCCACAGCCGACAAUCCGCGGCAUCGCAUCGGCGUUGCCAUCGGUGACCAGAUCCUGAUCCUGGGUGUGAUCAAGUCUCUGUUCCGCGGCCCGGUCAUGGGCAAACAGCAGGAGGUGUUUGAGCAGGAGACCCUGAACGGCUUCAUGGCGCUGGGACACGAGGCCUGGAGCGAGACUCGGAGGACUCUGCAGACGCUGCUCUCAGCCAAUCACAGCACUCUGAGGGACGACUGCGAGCUCCGAGCCAGAGCAUUUGUCCCUCAGAGCAAAGUCACCAUGCACCUGCCCGCGCACAUCGGAGACUACACAGACUUCUACUCGUCCCGAGAUCACGCCACCAACGUGGGGAUCAUGUUCCGAGGCAAAGAGAACGCCCUCAUGCCCAACUGGCUGCGGUUGCCGGUCGGUUACCACGGCAGAGCCUCCUCGGUGGUGGUGUCUGGAACCCCCCUGCGGCGCCCCUGCGGACAGAUGAGACCCGACCAGAGUAAGCCUCCGGUGUUUGGGCCGUCCAAGCAGCUGGACAUCGAGCUGGAGAUGGCCUUCUUCGUGGGCGGGGGGAACCGUCUGGGAGAGCCCAUCCCUGUGGAGAAGGCCCACGAACACAUAUUUGGCAUGGUGCUGAUGAACGACUGGAGUGCACGGGACAUCCAGGCGUGGGAGUACGUUCCUCUGGGCCCGUUCCUGGGGAAGAACUUUGGCACCAGCAUCUCUCCGUGGGUGGUCCCCAUGGAGGCGCUCAUGCCCUUCGUGGAGCCCAACGCUGUGCAGGAUCCAGAGCCGCUGCCGUACCUCCAGCACCAGGACCCGUUCACGUUCAACAUCAACCUGAACGUGGCGAUCAAAGGAAAGGCCAUGGCUCAGGCUUCCACCAUCUGUCGGUCCAAUUUCAAGUUCAUGUACUGGACCAUGAAGCAGCAGUUGACCCACCACACUGUGAACGGCUGUAACCUGCGACCUGGAGACCUGCUGGCCUCAGGCACCAUCAGCGGACCGGAGCCUGAGAGCUUUGGGUCCAUGUUGGAGCUGUCCUGGAGGGGCUCCAAGACCAUCGACUUGGGGGGAGGGGAAAGCCGCACCUUCCUGCAGGACGGAGACGAGGUCAUCAUCACAGGUCACUGUGAGGGCCAGGGCCGCAGGGUGGGAUUUGGCUCCUGCUCUGGGGUCAUCCUGCCAGCUCUGCAGCGCUGA